AUGCUGAUAUGCUCGCAGUACAUGUGCCGCAGUCCCGAGCUGGAAAUUGACGUAGGAUUGCCAAUUAAUUUCCGUCAGAUUGAUCAACAAGUAGUGAGCGAUUUUGACGCAAAUGUGCUGUCGAAAUUCCAGAACUUUUUUGACUGGGUGAAAGAGGAAACGAUUAAAGCGGAGAAUAUUACUCGCAACAAUAGUGUACAAAAGCAGCAACCAGUACGUGAUGUUGAUUGCCCUGAUCUCGCUGGUCAUGCAGAACUCUUUCCCAGAAUACACUCGAUGAAUUUAAGAAGGAUUGUUAUAAAGAAAGAAUCUCCUCCGGAUACACAGCAAACUGCAGCUAGCGAGGAGGCUGGCCUGGAUACGCCACAAACUGUAGCAAAUCAAAAAGAUCACAUGGACACACUACAAACCGAAAAGGCCUCUAAACAUUCCAUUGGGGAAACAGCAGAUGGAGACGAAACAAUACACAGUCAACGUGUGGACAGUUAUGCAAAAUUUUUGACCAACGAUGAGACGGAUAAACGUGAUGAAGGCGAAGAGAAUGCUGCUAUUUAUCCUGGUAAUGAAUGUGCAAAGGAUCAAGUAUCGGAAAGCAAUUGCGUUUCGAGAGAACAAAAUUCUGUAAAUGGCGCGUGCGCUAGCCGUGGUGCCAAUGAAUUCUACUUGAGCAAUGAAACAGCUGGUGAGGGACAUGCGCAAGAAGAAACUUCGGACUGGAAGAGUGGUCAGCGCUCUUUCUUUGAUGAUUAUUUUCCAGUAUCCGGGCGAUCGUAA